UCUUCUCUUCCAACUUGUUAGGCAAUCAUAUAGGAGGGUGAUUUUUACUAAGGAGGCCGUGCUGACCGAUGCAUGGUGGCAAUUUCGGAGUGAAGCGCAUGAUUGCCAAAAUCAACCUGCGCUUCUUCUGAUGAGGAAUUGUCUUUAAAAAUAAUAAGCCCUUUCUCCCCAAUUUCGUGGUAUCCAAUUGUUAGUAGCUACUAUCUUGUCUCAUCGCUACAACUCCCGUACGGGCUCGGGAGAGACGAAGGUUGAAAGUCAUGCGUCCUCCAAUACACAACCCAACCAAGCAGCACUGCUUCUUAAAACAGCACGCAUCCAACCCGGAAGCCAGCCGCACCAAUGUGUGGGAGGGUGCACCUGGCAACCUUGGUUAGCGUGCACUGCACCCGGCCCACCACAGGAGUCACUGGUGCGUGAUGAGACAAGGAUAUCCCUACCGGCCAAACCCUCCCUAAUCCGGACGACGCUAGGCCAAUUGUGCGUCGCCCCAUGGACCUCUCCAAUUACGACAGAGCCUGGUAGGGAACCCGGGGUUUCUGCUGCAGUACAGCGCCCUUAACCACUGCGCCACCCGGGGGGCCCCCUGAUGGGGAAUUGUCAAAGAGGUGGACAGCUGGGCAAGGGAAGUUACCUUUUGUUUAUCAAUCACAUUCUAUUAUAUCUGAAAUGAUUAUGAUUUCAAUUAAUAUGAUUUCAAUUAAUGUCAUUUCAGAGAGCACAUAAUGUUUCAAUUUGUCACUUUUGCUUAAAGGUCAGUACCCUGUCCAGAAGUUUGAGAGGGCGAAGACUGUCGCGCCGGACUUGAAGCCCAUUGAAGUUGUUAUACCAUGGCACAUGAUCGGGGUGGACCUUAUCGGACCCUUCACUGAAUCCAGCAAUGGCAACAGCUGGUGUCUGACAGCGACCGAUCACUUUACCAAGUGGUUGGAGGCAAUAUCCAUUAAGGACGAGACUAGCAAGGCCAUCUCCAAGGCAAUGAUGGACAUCUUCAACACCCAUGGUUCUCCUGAGGUCAUCUUGAGUGACCAAGGUUAGGAACGCCGGAACAAGGUUUGGUGAAUGGACCAACCAGACCCUCAAGACUGCCAUGGGCAAGUCCCUUGAUUGGUACCAGGAAGGGUGGGCGAACAACCUGAAUGUAAUUCUCUUUGAACACAACAGCAGCAUCCGCCCUCCACUGACUACGGACUGGGGGCUGCAGCUGUUGACUGAGAUCACUGAAACUCUACCUGAUGUGGUGGAAGUUGUCGAACCAGAUCAGAACGCCUUCGAGGACCACCUUCAGGCACGGGCUGAGAAGGAUGUGGAGGUUUCUGACCAGGUGACUGAACAUGGACAAGACGCAGGAGAAACAGAAGGAGAACUACCGGAGCAGAAUCAAGAAGGGGACCAAGUACUACAACAUCCGGGCAAAUUACUUGGUUUGGAAGAAGCGCGAAAGGAAGGGUUACCUCGGUGAAAGCCAACAAUCUUCUUCAGUUGGACGGUCAAGCACUGAAGCCCAAUAGACAAAGUAUGUUAAGUUUUGGUUGACAUUUGAGAAGGCAAGAAAUGGUAGUUUUGGUGAAAGCACGCCCCUAUUCACAUCGACAGGGCAGCAGGGGAAUGGGUCGAGUGCUUCAAGUACCUCGGCGUCCGAAUCACUAAGGACUUAAAAUGGUCCACACCCACUCGCGCAGUUGUGGAGAAGUCACGCCAGCGCCCCCCUCCCCUAAGGAGGUUGAAAAGGUUUGGCAUGUGCCCUCAAAUCCUCAAGUUCUACAGCUGUACCAUUGAGAGCAUCUUGACUGGCUGUAUCACUGCUUAUGACAAUAGCACCGCCCUCGAUCGCAUGGCGCUACAGAGGGUUGCCUGGACAGCCCAGUACAGCUCCCUGCCAUCCAGGACCUCUAUCAGGCUGUGUGAAAGAAAGGCCCGGGAAAUCGUUAAACUCCAACCACCCAAGCCAUAGACUGUUUGCACUGCUUCCGCACAGCAGGCAUCAAGUCUGACACCACCAGGAUCAUGAACAGCUUCUAUCCCAUACAAUAAGAUUGCUAACAAAAUGGUUAUGCUGACAGAGUUGACUUUGAAUUGUAUUAUUAUUUUUGCACUCUCUAUGCACAUUCACAGGUCCCUACAAAGUACUCCCACUGAUACUCCAACACACAUAUAAACACAUAUCCAUCAUUUACUCACGCAUACAUAAUACACACACAUACACUCCUCAUAUAAGCUGCUGCUACUGUUUAUCAUAUAUCCUGAUGCGUAGUCACCUUACCCUGUAAAUAUCAACCCCUCGAUCCAGUAUCCCUGCCCAUUGUAAAUACGGUAAUGGCACUAACCCUGUAUUUAGUAUACUUACUUUAUCAUGUUCUUAUUUUUUUUUAUCUCGUGUGUUUUUGUUCUACCUUGUUAUUUUUAGUGCUACGUUGUUAAUCACUGCAUUGUUGGCGUUAGAGCUUGCAAGAUAGACAUUUAACAGUACUUUUGUACAUACGACAUUCAAAACCUGAAGUUCCGUGAAAAGUGUUUCCCGAAAAAAAGACGGGCAUUGACCUACUUCCUGAAAGUCACACAACGUGCGUGAUGACGUCAAGAAACUCACCUGCACGCUGUACCGCCAAAUGGAUAAACCCCUUUAUGCUCUUCAGGUAGCUUUUUCAACGAUUUCAUUUAUUUAAUGCUAAAUCUGUUGACAGCGGCAAGUGUGUAAACCACGAACUAUUAUUUUGAGUUUGACUUUACUGCAGUUGCUUUGACGUUUUACAGAAACCAGAGAUGGAAGAAUUAAUGAUAUGGGAGCAGCAUACUAUAACACUAAGCAAAGAUUCCAAGAUGGGGUUUGGCUUUGCGAUAUCAGGGGGCAGAGACAAGCCGAACCCAGACUCAGGGGGCACAGCUGUGAUGGUUUCAGAUGUGGUGCGGAACGGACCUGCUAUGGGACGGCUGUUCGUCAGAGAUCAGAUCGUCAUGGUCAAUGGAGUGUCCAUGGACAAUGUCUACUCUACCUUCACCAUCCAGAACCUUAAGUCAUGUGGCAAAACAGCCAACAUAACAGUGAAGCGUCCUCGUAAGGUCCAGCUCCCAGCCAGCACCAGACCGUCGCGUGCCGCCUCCCACUCCAACCUGCUGGAUCAGGACCCCCCACGGAGGAUCCGACGCUACUCUGAUGGCUCCGACCAGGCCCGCAACCCUGACCACUACAGCGCUCGUAGCACUACCUCCGAUCGCAACGGGACGGCUCAUGCCCUGCCACUUAUGUCAGGGUACAAACGGCUGCCACACCAGGACUUCCUAGACAAGCCAAUCAAAACCACCCUGCUGAAGAAGAAACUCACAGAUGAGUAUGGACUGAAGUUGGGAAGCCAAAUCUUCAUCAAACACAUGACUGAGACGGGUCUGGCUGCCAAGGAGGGCACUCUGCAGGAGGGAGACCUCAUUCUUAAGAUCAAUGGGAUGACAACAGAGAACCUGUCCCUGCUUGAGACCAAGCACCUGGUGGAGAAGUCCCGGGGGAAGCUGACCAUGAUGGUCCUGAGAGACGACCGCAAGUUCCUGGUCAGCAUCCCCGAGGUGGAUGACAGCGCCCCCAACAGCGAGGAGGACCGCCGUAGCCACAGCAGCUCUGAACUGGAGGACAUUUCAGACCUGGAUACAGACAUCCCCACUCCUAGAAACAGAGUGUCACGCUCCGCCACUAGAGAACGACGCACACGCAGAAGAGCUGAGCAACCUCCUCUAGUACCUAAGUCUCGUGACCAGUCCCCGGUGCGUUCGACACUGUCCCGGCCUGCUGCUAAAGCCUACCCCUCUCGCCGAGCCCCCUCAGAGUCCGAGUCUGACCGCAGUGCCUCACCCCCUCUUGUCAGGAAGGACAGCCCAGACAUAGCCGACAAAUACAGAACUCUUUCAGGGGUGUCCAUGCUCCCCAACCCCAAAGCCUUACCUGCCGUCCUCGACUGGGCCGCCCCACGUCCUUCCCGUCCCUCCUCCGCCUUGCGAACUCGUAAAGUGGUGUCAGAGUCGGACUCGGACCGCAGUGCCUCGCCACCCCCUAGAAGAGGAGAGAGUUCCAGAGUCACAGAGGACCACUCCAGAUACAGAGUGCUCCCUGACCUGCCCCACCCUGGGACACUGAGCGCCUCCCCCAUCUCCAUUCGUCAGGAUCCCCCCCGACGGGUCUCCUCUCCUGUCAAAGCCCCACCUCCAGACUCUGAGACUGAGUCGGACAGCAGCUCCGGGCCCCCCCAGAGACAGGGCACCACCCACAGGCAGGACACCCGGAGCAGAUACAGAGCCACUCCUUUAGUAGCUGUGGAGCCCCAAGUGGAGCCCCCCAAGUGGAAGGCCCCCAGUGUCACAAUGAGCAAACAUUCUAAGGGGCGCUCAGGAUCAGAGUCGGAGGCAAGUUAUGCAACCGUACCUCGACGGGAAUUUGCAGACAGUGGAGGCUCCAGUUCCCAGGGAUCCAAGGACAGUUACAGAGCUCUGCCUGAGGUGCAGUCUUCUCCAGCUCCAGUAGUGAGACAGGACCCCCCUCUACGAGGCAUGACCCCCUCCAGACCAGUCUCAGAUUCCUCUGAGUCAGACCGUGCACCUUCACCCCCUCGGAGGUCUGGGAGUACCGAUGUGGAGAGCAACCACAGUAUUCCACGCAGAGCCAAUGGAACUGUCCGCUAUGGGAUAUCAGUGAAGAGCAACCCUCCAGCCUACUCCAAGACCGAGGAACCCAUCUACUCCUUACCCCCAGACUCCAUCCCCACACCUAACUUGGGAUACAGCUCCGAUCUGAACACAGUGUCGUUUGUGAAGGAGGGCAGCGUAGGCCUGAGGCUGGUGGGGGGUAAUGACGUGGGCAUCUUUGUUGGGGGGGUUCAGCCCAACAGUCCUGCCCAUGAGCAAGGCAUGAAGGAGGGGGACCAGAUCAUGCAGGUAAAUGGGGUGGACUUUGGUCAUUUCAACCGUGAGGAAGCUGCUAUGUUCCUGAUCAACAUUAAGAGAGGGGAGCCGGUGGACAUCCGUACUCAGAACAAGAUGGACAUAUACAAGAAGAUACUGAAGUCCAACUUGGGGGACUCGUUCUAUAUCCGGACCCACUUUGACAACGAGGCAGAGGGCCACAACAGCCUAGCCUUCACCAGGGGAGAGGUGUUCAGGGUGGUGGACACCAUGCACAGGGGCAAGCUGGGGAAGUGGCUGGCUAUACGCAUGGGCAACGACCUGCACGAGCUGGACAAGGGCACCAUCCCCAACCAGGCCGGGGCUGAGACACUGGCCAGUAUGGAGCAGGCUCAGAGGGCCAGUGGAGGAGGAGGGGAUCGCCAGGUCUCAGGGCCCAGGGCAGAGUUCUGGAAACUACGGGGGCUUAGAGGGGCCAAGAAGAACGUCCGCCGGACCCGCGACGACCUGCUCCAACUCACUAUCCAGGGCAAAUUCCCAGCGUACGAGAGAGUUCUGCUCAGAGAAGCUAAUUUCAAACGGCCAAUCGUCAUCUUGGGUCCUCUGAAUGAUGUGGCCAUGGAGAAGCUGGCCAGAGAGAUGCCUGAUGAAUAUGAGGUGGCAGAGAUGGUUCCUCGUAGUAGUGGAGCAGACAGCGCUUCUACGGUCAUCAAGCUGGACACAGUCCGAAGGAUUGCAGAGAAGAACAAGCACCCUCUGCUGGACAUUACUCCUACUGCAGUGGAGCGUCUGAACUACAUCCAAUACCACCCCAUGGUGCUGUUCCUGGACCCACACAGCAGGAAGGACGUCAAGGUCAUGAGGCAGAGAAUGUGCCCCAACUCCAACAAGAGCUCCAGACGCCUCUACGCACAAGCCCUCAAGAUGAGGAGGCACUGCGGCCAUCUGUUCGCAGCUCGUAUUGCCCUCCAGCCCAGCUCUAAUGUGUGGUAUGAGACUCUGAAAGACAAGAUCAGACACCAGCAGGCCAAACCUGUCUGGGUCUCAGAAGUCACGCUGGAGGGAGGCGGAGAGGAGGAGCUGGAUGCGUUGGACCGGACUCACUCGGACUACCUGAGUGCUGCCAGUGACCUAGAGGACACGGAUGGAGAGGCGUUUACAGACGGAGAGGUCUACACUGACAAUGAGGACCUGGAGGAACCAUUUGACUCCAGCAACCAGCCCCGGAUAUCCAGGCCCACCGCUCUGGCCCGCUCCUCAGAGCCUGCCGCCGAGUACCACAGCCCCGACCCAUCCCCCGAGCCUCUGGGAGAGGUCCCACCCCUGAUGCAUGUGCCUGAGCCCAGGUCGACCCGUCGUCCAUCUGACAGCUCUCCUCACGAUGUUGUCACUGAUGACACCCCGUCCUAUCAUAGCUUUUCAGAUUCGGACUUCAGCGCCAUUGACCCGGCUGUUCCGACCACCCACUCGGAUGAACACCCUGACUUCAUAGCCCCUAACCCCAGAAUCUUUGUCCCUGAGCCCCCGUCAGCCGAGCUGCUGCCAGAGAGCCCCCCAUCCGUCACAAUGUCAGUCAUAGAGAAGAAACUCCAACAGACCCAUAUGGCAGAACCUCAGGAGAGGAAAGCUUCCCCAUCAUUCAUUGUGUUGGCUCACCACCAGGCUGUCCAGACGAGACGCACUCAGAUCCGAGGCAGUGACAGCUCCGAUGACAAUGACGAGACUGAGGACUUCGAGUGGGGUCCAGCUACAGAACUUUAGAUUAGAAAACACUGUUCCAGGACUACAAAACAAGAAUGCUGGAGCACACCAUUCCAGAACUACAACUCUAAUGCACAAAGUUCCAGAACUGCAGAACUACAGUUGUAGCCCAUACAGUUCCAGAGCACAGCCUUUGCCUCUUAAAUGGGAGAUGUGAAAUGCUCUUAACUUCAGCCUUUGAGGAUAACUUUUGGAGAGGUAGGUUGGAGGGCAACUGUCAGACCUGCCUUCAGACAUGGGAAUUCAGGCAAUGGCUUCUGCAAACCAGGGCUCACACCUUUCUAAAUGCCGAAUUCCAAGAGUGGAAGUUAAUUUUAAUGGAAAUUCUAAUAAAAACCUCAGGGUUUGGUACUUGCAGUAAAGCAAACAUUUUAUUUGUAUUGCAUGUAACUUUUUAAUGAAUGCUAUUUUUGAUCAAAACUUUGGAGAUUUUACCAACACGGGCAACUUUGAUGUCAAGGAUGUCAAUUGAACUAAAAGCUGGAAUCCUUAAUUGAAACAAUAACAAAGCAGUCACACUGCCUAUGUUUUGGUAAAAAGCUGAGGGAUGAUGGGCCUGGAGAAAUGUAACAACUCUCAAAUUCAAAGCAAGCACUAUGGACUGACCAUCCAUGAUAUCAGAAUUAUAGUUUUAACCCUGUUUUGAGGCUACACAGUGUUUGUUUACAAAAAUGUGAUGACAAGCUUAAAUGUUGGGUUCUGAUGGUGUACGACAGUUGAACUAAAGCUCAUUAGGCAUUUAGAAGUUAUUCUUCAAGAAUCAAUGCAUAUAGAUAGCUACAUCAUUCAUUUAUAAGUCCAAUUAUGUAACAACUAACGAUUCAAGCUUUCAUGAGAACUGCUUCAAAAACAGUUAUGGACAUUCACAGAACACUAAAUAUAUCAAAGCUCCAUUUUCUAAAUUAUGAUUCAUUUGUAAAGAGAACACAUUUUGUUCAUUAAAUAUUACAGAUCUGGUGAAAAAAUA